GAGUGAGACCUCGUCUUUCCAUUGAAUUUAGCAUCAGAGUGAGAGCUCUUCUUUCUUGCCCUGGGAUAAAAGGACAGUCCCACAAACACAUCUGAAGCUUAGCUUUAUUACCAAGGGUUUUAUCCGCCACCAGCGUCAUGUUUGCGGUCAGAAACGCUCUCCGCCUCGGCUCCAGGUUAUACGUCCCCACCGUGGCGAGGAGGGGAUGUUCCGGAGCUGCUGUCCAGGUGGACGACGUGGUGAACGGACUCACAGAGGAGCAAAUACAGCUAAGACAGACGGUUCGUAAAUUCUGUGCAGAGAAGCUUGCACCUUACGCCGAUGAGAUUGAUAAGAAAAAUGAGUUCCCAGGAAUGCGGGAUUACUGGAGAGCGAUGGGAGAGAUGGGAUUGCUUGGCAUUACUGCUCCAGUGGAAGAUGGGGGCACCGGAUUAGGCUACUUGGAACAUGUCAUCGUGAUUGAGGAAAUGUCACGGGUGUCGGCAGCCAUCGCUCUCAGUUAUGGUGCCCACUCCAAUCUUUGUGUCAACCAGCUGGUGCGUCACGGCAACCCCAAGCAGAAGGAGAAGUAUAUGACGAAGUUACUGACGGGUGAACAUGUUGGAGCCCUGGCCAUGAGUGAGCAUAAUGCUGGUUCUGAUGUCGUCUCUAUGAAACUCAAAGCAGUCAAGAAAGGUGACUAUUACGUUCUAAACGGCAACAAGUUCUGGAUCACAAACGGGCCAGAUGCCGAUGUCCUUAUUGUGUAUGCCAAGACCGAUCCCGGGGCGCAUCAGAAGGGGAUCACGGCUUUCAUUGUGGAAAAGGGAAUGCCAGGAUUCUCUACUGCGCAGAAACUCGACAAACUUGGAAUGAGGGGAUCCAACACCUGUGAGCUGGUCUUUGAAGACUGUAAAAUCCCAGAGAAGAACAUACUGGGUCCGCUGAACAAGGGCGUUUAUGUAAUGAUGAGUGGCUUAGAUCUGGAGCGGCUGGUGUUGGCUGCUGGACCUGUUGGCAUAAUGCAGGCUGUUUUGGACACUGCUGUCCCCUACCUACAUGUAAGAGAAGCUUUUGGACAGAAGAUUGGACACUUUCAGCUGAUGCAGGGCAAGAUGGCCGACAUGUACACCAGACUGAGCUCCUGUCGGCAGUACCUCUACAAUGUUGCCAGAGCUUGUGAUAAAGGGCACUUUAGUGCAAAGGAUUGUGCUGGAGUGAUCCUGUACUGUGCUGAGAAUGCCACUCAGGUUGCUUUGGAUGGCAUCCAGUGUUUAGGUGGGAAUGGCUACAUCAACGACUACCCGGUGGGAAGAUUCCUGCGAGAUGCAAAGCUGUACGAAAUCGGGGCGGGCACGAGCGAAGUACGCAGGAUGAUCAUCGGACGAGCCUUCAACUCCAUGUUCAGAUAGACACAGCGGUGCCUUCAGAGUGGCUGGUUUGUGGUGUUUUUACAGCUACUCACACCCAGGACUUUACUGUAUGAGGUUUUCAGAUGAUUCACAGCCAUUCUGUCCUGUAUAACGUGCACCGAAUCAGUCAGCAGGAAAUGGUAAUUUUACAAACGGAAAAAAGAACAAAUUAAAUAUUGAUCCACACUGAGUGGCCUUGGUUAACUUGGAGAACACGGUCCCUUUAUUUGAGCCUUAUCAGUGAUUAUGGCUUAAACACUCCUACAAAGGUCUGAUGGAGCUGCUGCCUGGAUUGUGAGAGAAUAACAAUUUGGACCUGAAUACUGAGAACAUAAGAACUCAUGUUUAAGUACAUCUUUACUAAAGUAUGGAAAGUUUCCCUUUGUGUGACGUGUUCAGUGCAAACAUGAAUAAUUCGUGCAAUGCAGCUAAACUUCUGUCUCCUUUUAAUCAUACGUAUAAUUCUGUAGAUGUACAGUGUAAAAAUGUUUGAACUGUAUCAGGUUUGCAAUAAAAUAAAAGAAGUACCUUUUUUAA